AAACAUCAGGGACACAGGACACUGGAGUGAUAGAAACAAAGGGGACACAUGGCACUGGAGUGAUAGAAACAUCUGGGACAUAGGACACUGGAGUGAUAGAAACAUCAAGGACACAGGACACUGGAGUGAUAUAAACAUCGGGGACACAGGACACUGGAGUAUAGAAACAUCGAGGACACAUGACACGGGAGUGAUAGUAACAUUGGGGACACAUAACACUGGAGUGAUAGCAACAUAG